GUUCGUGUCGGCGUCUGGCGUGGUGUGUGCGGCCGUGUGUUCCAGAUCCUAGUUCAAAGCUGCUCAAAAAUGUCCGGUCGCGGGCAAUUGUUCAUCGGCCGCUUGCCGUUGGACACCAGGGAGAGAGACGUGGAGCAAGUGUUUGAACGGUACGGCCGUCUCCUCCGGUGCGACGUCAAGUACGGCACAGGCAUGGCAUAUGCCUUUGUGGAUUACGAAGACCACCGCGAUGCCGAGGACGCAGUCAAGUACGAGAACGGCCGGGAGAUCCGGGGCCAGAGCGUGGUGGUGGAGUGGGCCCGUGGGCCCUCCUUUCGGCCAUCGGCUGGAAAGCAAUCUAGGCAGACGCCAGACAGACCUCGGGACCGGAUGGGCUAUCAGAGCUUUGAUGAGUGCUACCGCUGCCGUCGGACUGGCCACUGGGCCCGCGACUGCCCAGAACUGGACCACGAGAGAGCCCGCUACUACGGUGGAGGAGGCGGAGGACGCAGGAGCCGCAGCCGUAGUCGCAGCCGCAGCAGGAGCCGAAGUGGACACAGGUCGUACCGCCCCCGUGGUCGCCGCUCUCGAUCAAGGUCAUCAAGCCGCCGCCGCAGCUGGACUCGCUCACCUUCACCACGUGACAGCCGAGUGAGUAUGAGGGCGAAGUAAGCUCCGCGACGCCAUACAUGAGCACCGCUCUCGCCGGGAUGCAUCUGAAAACGGUGGCCGACGCAGCCCUAGCCCUCUCCGACGGGGAAGCCGGAGCCAGUCGCGUUGACAGUCCUCAUCUUUGCUUGCAUUCAUUGUCCUCUGCCUGC